CCACUUAUUGUACCCUAUAAUAAUAUCAUCUCUCUCUCUUUACCUUAUCAAAAGUCAGCGCCUUCUUUUGUCUUUCUCCAAAAGAGAAACAACAACCUCAGACAUUGUUACAGACUUUGUCCCUUUACCUAUGGAAGAAGAUUGGGAUCUCCAUGCGGUGGUUAGAGGUUGCUCCACCAUUUCAACCACCACACCUACAUCCUCUGUUUCCUCUUCCUCUGUUUUUCCCCUGCAACCUGAACCUUCUUGUGGCUACUCUUCUAUUUUUAGUAGUGAACAAAAACCUCAAAUUUUGUCACUUUCUUGUUCUACACUCCCUUUUGAAGCUAGAAGCUCCAUUGAAGAGUUGCAUGAACUUUGCAAGCCUUUCUUUUCAAGAUCAUCACAGCCUCUUUCUUUGCAAACUUCUCCUUUGUUUUCUUCAUUAUCUUAUUCCUCUGCUUCACCCAGAUUAGCUCAAACACAAGACAAACAACAACUGCAAAGAAGUAAACAUUCACACCAAGGUGGUUCUCUCACCAACCCAAGAUCAAAAAGAAGGAAAAAUCAACUUAAGAAAGUUUGUCAAGUACCAGUUGAGAGUCUCUCUUCAGAUAUAUGGGCAUGGAGGAAAUAUGGACAAAAACCUAUAAAAGGGUCACCAUAUCCAAGGGGAUAUUAUAGAUGUAGCAGUUCAAAAGGGUGUUUAGCAAGAAAACAAGUUGAAAGAAACAGAACAGAUCCAACAAUGUUCAUAGUAACAUAUACAUGUGAACACAAUCAUCCUGCUCCUACACACAAAAACUCUCUUGCUGGUUCAACAAGGCAGAAGCCAUUAACACCUCCUCAAGGUGAAACAAACAAAGAUCUUACAAAACCCUCUUCUCCUACUACCUCAGGAGGUGAAGAAGAGGUUCAAACUCAAGGAGAUAAGUCAGAAAGUAGAGAAGAAAAGGAAGAUUCUUUGAUGGAUGAUGAAGAAGGAGAUGAAUUUGGUUUAUCUGAUGUUGUUUUAAGUGAUGAUUUCUUUGAGAGUUUAGAUGAAUUUGGUUUCCCAGAUCCAUUUUCUUCUGCUAUUUCAAUUCCUAAUUGGGUUGCUAAUACUGCUGCUGCUACUACAGCUGCUGGUGGUAGCUGAUUUGUUUUGUAGCAGUGAUGAUAAGUUACUUUUUCUUUGCUUUUUCAUUGAAGAGAAUAGGAACUUUUUGUUUUUGUUACUCCUUUUUGUUUGUAGAGAAAAUGGAACAUUUUAGAGGAAUCUUUGCUAACAAUGGAAGUGUAGUAUAGUAGGGAGGAACUAGUAGGAACAUAGAUUAGCAUUUUACUUGUCUAUGUUAAUCUUGUUAAAUUUGAUUGGAUGAUUAUUAGGCAUUUAUUAAUACUUACAUACCUUGGUAAUGUAAAGUCAUUUUAUUUUAUUUUAUUUUAGAAUCUUUUGUCAA